AUGUACCAGGAGGAGCUGUAUUUUCUCGAGACCUUUGCAAUUGACAGACAACUGAGUCAACGCUUCAACGAAGAGGAGGACACCGACGAAGAGGACACCGACGAAGAGGACGCCGACGAAGAAGAGGACGCUGGUCAAGCAGAGGAUAAAAUUGCAGAGACUGAGAACCGGCAUGAUGAUGUUGGCGCGGAAUUUCCGACCCCUCGCCUAGCGCACCCCAACCACGCCUGCGAGCAAGACCAGGUAACCCACGAAGUCCUUCGUAUCGCUGCCGAGAACAACUGGCAGAGAUGUCCCCACUUCCAAGUUAUUAUCGAGCUGAAUCAAGGAUGCUACCACAUCAGUAAGAGUGGAAGACAUGCCGCAUGCGAUUGCGACCAGUGGGAUGAAGAGGACCUGCUCGAUGCCUAUGAACAGAACUACAACGCCUAUGAAGAGAACUACAACGCCAGGGCAGAGAUCUACAACGCCGCACGUGGUGGCAUACAAUGA